UCGCCAAAGGUAAGAGUUCCUUCUUUCUCGUGGCUGCGUAGUAUUCCAUUGUCAAAAGCUCAGCUCUCCCACGUAGGACAAGAUGGAUUUCAACCUGAGGCCUCUCCUGGAACAGCUGGAGCUGGAGGAGCUGAGCGAGUUCAAGUCUCUGCUGAGGACCCUUCCCCCACAAGAUGAGUUACAGCACGUGUCCCAGACGGAGGUGGACGAGGCCAGCGGGCAGCAGCUGGCGGAGAUUCUCACCACCCGCUGCCCCAUCUUUUGGGUGGAGAUGGUGACCAUCCAGGUCUUUGACAAGAUGAACCGAACGGAUCUGUCCAAGAGAGCCAAGGAGGAGCUCAGAGAGCUCACUCAAGCACAGGGCAGAAGUGUCACCAACCCAGAAGAAGUAACGGAAAGCUUGGAAGGAGAAACACCAGGUACACAGGACACCUACAGCAGUAUAUGGAAGACAUCCGGGCCCAUCUGGAAGCAAAACCAUUGGCCCGAAGCCAGUGAAAAGCUCCAUAAAUUCACGCAGAGAUACGAGAGGCUAGUCCCCUUCUGUAACCCCAACAUGCUGGCCGGGCCCUUCCCGCACACGGUGGUGCUGCAGGGCGCGGCGGGCGUGGGGAAAACCACGCUGGCCAAGAAGUGGAUGCUGGACUGGGCACAGGACCACCUCCCGGGGACAUUCCACUCCGCCUUCUACCUCAGCUGCAAGGGGCUGGGCCGCCAGGGCCCCUGUACUUUCGCGGAGCUCCUGGCUAAGAAGUGCCCAGACGCGCAGGAGGCCGGCCCCCAGGUCCUGGCUCAGGGGCAGAAGAUCCUGGUGGUCAUCGAUGGUUUCGACGAGCUCAGAGCGCCCUCGGGGCCCCUCAUCCAUGACAUCUGUGGCGACUGGGAGAAGCCGAAGCCCGUGCCCGUCCUGCUGGGCAGUUUGCUGAUGAGAAAGCUGCUGCCCAAGGCCACGCUGCUGGUCACCACGCGCCCGGAGGCCCUGGGGGAGCUGCGGCUCCUGGUGGAGCAGCCGCUGUUCAUCGAGGUGGAGGGCUUCCUGGAGGCGGACCGCAGGGGCUACUUCCUGAAGCACUUUGAGCAGCAGGACCAGGCCCUGCGCGCCUUCGAGGGCAUGAAGGGCAGCCCGGCGCUGUUCCACAUGGGCGCGGCGCCCGCCGUGUGCUGGGUCGUGUGUACGUGUCUCAAGAGGCAGCUGGAGAAGGGGGAGGACCCGGCCCCCACCUGCCGGACCCCCACCUCGCUGUUCCUGCGCUUCCUGUGCGGCCAGUGCUCCCCAGCGGCCCUCGGCAGCGGCCCCGCCCCGCACCUCCCCACUGCGCUCCACGCCCUGAGCCUCCUGGCCGCCCGGGGCAUCUGGGCGCAGACGUCCCUGUUCGAUGGCGAAGACCUCAGGCAGCUGGGGGUCAGCGAGGCCGACCUGCGCCCUUUCCUGGAUGGCAAGGUCCUGCAGGCGGACGCGGACUGCGAGGGCUGCUACGCCUUCCUGCACCUCAGCGUCCAGCAGUUCCUGGCCGCCCUGUUCUACCUGCUGGACGGCGCGGAGCGGGGGGACACAGGCGACUGCGUGCCAGACAUCAGGACCGUGCGCGCGCUGCUGUCCAAGGAGGAGCGGCUGCGCAACCCCAGCCUGACCCGCGUGGGCUACUUCCUGUUCGGCCUCGCCAACCAGGAGAGGGCCCGGGAGCUGGAGGCCACCUUCGGCUGCCGCGUGUCCCUGGACGUCAGGCAGGAGCUGCUGAGAGUGACGCACAGCAGGGACUGGCCUUUCUCCUCCAGGGCGGACAUCCGGGAGCUGAUGCGCUGCCUCUAUGAGUCUCAGGAGGAGGCGCUGGUGAGGGAGGCCCUGGCGCCCAUCACGGAGCUGGCCCUGCACCUGCAGAGUGAGAGGGACCUCGUGCACGCGUCCUUCUGCCUCAGGCACGGCCAGGCCCUGCGCAGGCUCUGGCUGCAGGUGGAGAAGGGGAUCUUCCUGGAGAAUGACGGGGCCUCGGAGCCAGGCACGUGGGCGGAGCGGUCCCAGAGUGAUCGGCACCUGCUUCCCUUCUGGAUGGACCUUUGCUCCAUGUUCGGCGCCAACGAGAACCUGGAAUUCCUGGACAUCAGUCGGAGCUUCCUCAGCACCUCGUCGGUCCGGCUUCUUUGUGAAAAAAUCUCCUCUGUGCCCUGUAGCCUCCGGAAAGUGGUCCUCCGAAAUGUGUCCCCAGCGGAUGCUUACCGGAACUUCUGCGUCAUUCUGGGCGGUUACGAGACUCUCACGCACCUGACCCUGGAAGGAAAUGAUCAGAAUAACAUGCUGCCCGUACUGUGUGGGGUCUUGCUUCACCCAAAGUGUCAUCUGCGAUAUCUCAGGUUGGUGUCUUGUUCUGCCACCGCCCAGCAGUGGGCUGAUCUCGCCUCCUCCCUGGAGACGAACCAUUCCCUCACGUGCUUGAACCUCACGGCCAAUGAGUUCCAGGACGAGGGCGCCAGGCUGCUGUACAUGACUCUGAGACACCCCAAGUGCAUCCUACAGCGGUUGUCGUUGGAAAACUGUCACCUGACAGCCGCCUAUUGCAAGGAGCUCUCUUCCACUUUGAUGGUCAACCAGAGGCUGACACACCUGUGCUUGGCCAAAAAUGACCUUGGGGACCACGGGGUGAGACUGCUGUGCGAGGGCUUGAGCUACCCCGAAUGUCGGCUACAGACCCUGGUGCUGUUCCACUGCAACAUAACCAGUGACGGCUGCGUCAUCCUCGCCACACUCCUCCAAGAAAGCUCUAGUCUCACGCACUUGGACCUGGGGCUGAACCACAUUGGAGUCACUGGGGUGAAGUUUCUGUGUGAGGCUCUGAAAAAACCGCUGUGUCACCUAAGAUGUCUAUGGUUAUGGGGGUGUGCGAUUACCCCAUUUAGUUGUGCAGACCUCUCGUCGGCCCUUAGCAGCAACCAGCACCUCGUCACUCUGGACCUGGGCCAGAAUUCCCUGGAGUACAGUGGGAUAAAGAUGCUGGGAGAUGCCCUGAAACUUCAAAGUUGCCCUCUGCAGAAACUCAGGUUGAAGAUCGAUCAUUCUGACGCCCAAAUCCAGAAGCUGCUGGAAGAAAUCAAAGAGGGCAACCCAAAACUGACUAUUGAGAGGGACAACCAAGAGCCCAGAAAUAACAGGCCUUCUUCUGCAGACUUCAUUUUCUGAAUCCCCUCCGAGUCAUUCGUUGUCCCGCCAAUCAAGGCGCCACGGCUCUUCGAGGCGAGGGUGAGCUUCCCGUGAGCCCGCUCCGUGUCAGUACUUUCUGGACCCGAUGGGGUCUGAGCCAUGGUUGCACCCUCCCCCUUACACAAAUCACGCACGUGUCACUUAAUCCUGUUACGAUGAGCUGCCCCAAUCACGA